AUGAUCUCCGUAACAGACGCUCUCGAAACGAUUCUUAACGCCACUAAACAUCUUCCCCCAAUUUCCGUUUCACUUCACGACGCCCUUGGCAAGGUCUUAGCACAAGAUAUUCACGCUCCUGAUCCUCUACCUCCUUACCCCGCUUCUACCAAGGACGGUUAUGCGGUUAUAGCUGCAGACGGGCCUGGUGAAUACCCGGUGAUUGCUGAAUCAAGAGCUGGUGACGAUGCGGUUGGUGUUACCGUCGUUCCCGGAACUGUCGCUUAUGUAACCACCGGAGGACCUAUACCUGAUGGUGCUGAUGCGGUUGUUCAGGUUGAAGAUACUGAAAAAGUCAACAAUACUUCAGAUGAAGUUGAAAGGGUUAGGAUAUUGGUCAAAACCACACAAGGCAAUGAUAUACGCCCAGUGGGAGUUGAUAUUGAGAAAGAUGAAGUGGUCUUAACAUCUGGAGAAAUAUUAGGUGCUUCUGAGAUUGGCUUGCUUGCUACUGUUGGUGUGACGACAGUAAAGGUGUAUCCUACUCCAACUGUUGCUGUUCUUUCUACCGGCGAUGAGCUUGUAGAGCCAUCUACUGGGCAUCUGGGUCGAGGUCAGAUUAGGGACUCUAAUCGUGCCAUGCUUCUGGCAGCCGCAGUACAAUAUCAAUGCAAAGUUGUGGACCUCGGUAUUGCUAAGGAUGAUGAAGAAUGCCAAGGAAGGAUCUUGGAUAAGGCUUUUGCUUCUGGAAUUAACAUUCUCAUAACUUCAGGAGGUGUUUCCAUGGGAGACAGAGAUUUUAUUAGGCCUUUGCUUGAAAAGCGAGGAAAAGUUCAUUUUGAUAAGGUGUGUAUUAAACCAGGCAAGCCAUUUACUUUUGCUGAGAUUGGUUCUCAAUCAACAGGAAGUAAAAUUAUAGCUUUUGGGCUACCGGGAAAUCCUGUCAGCUCUUCAGUUUGCUUUCAUCUUUUUGUGGUCCCUGCUAUACGCCAUCUCGCAGGGUGGACAAAUCCUCAUCAUCUGAGGGUGCAAGCUCGGCUUCAACAGCCCAUAAAGACAGAUCAAUUUAGACCAGAAUAUCAUCGUGCCACUGUUAUAUGGACUCACAAUGAUGGAACAGGCAGCCCUGGUUUUGUUGCCGAAAGCACUGGUCAUCAGAGGAGUAGUCGACUACUCAGCAUGAAGUCAGCUAAUGCCUUGUUGGAGUUUCCAGCAACAGGCCGUGUUGUAUCUGCUGGGACCCCAGUUGAAGCUAUCAUAAUUUCCAACUUAAAACCUGUGAGUUUCGGCAAGAAUCAUACAUCAUCAGAUUCAACCUCUGCUUUGCCAAGAAUUAAAUCAGAUAAAAUAACUACAGAUUCUUCUGUGGGUGUUGACCUCAGAGUGGCUAUUCUUACAGUAAGCGACACAGUUGCUGCAGGGGCUGGCCCAGAUCGAAGUGGUCCAAGGGCAGUUUCCGUUGUUAAUUCUUCUUCAGAAAGGCUAGGAGGUGCCCGGGUUGUAGCAACUUCUGUUGUUCCAGAUGAUGUGGCAAAAAUUCAGGACAUUCUUAGAAGAUGGAGUGAUGAUGAACAAAUGGAUCUUAUAAUUACUCUAGGUGGGACUGGCUUUACCUCACGAGAUGUAACACCGGAAGCUACAAAAGAGUUGAUUGAAAAAGAAACACCUGGUCUUUUGUAUGUAAUGAUGCAAGAGAGUUUAAAGGUGACUCCCUCGGCAAUGCUUUCACGCUCUGCAGCUGGAAUCAGAGGAUCCACCUUGAUCAUUAACAUGCCGGGAAACCCGAAUGCUGUUGCUGAAUGUAUGGAAGCUUUAUUGCCAGCACUUAAUCACGGUCUUAAGCAGCUCAGGGGAUACAAGAGAGAGAAACAUCCUCGUCACAUUCCUCACGCUAAAGCAGUUCCUACUGAUGUUUGGGAACAGAGUUAUUUGUUAGCCACUGAUGGUGGUGGCUCUGAGGUUUCUUGUUCCUGUUGUAAGUAA